GGUUAUAAGAUGGUCUAUUUUCAAGUCAUCUAAGCUCUGUUAUUUAUACACAUUAAAUGUCUAUUAUGUGGACUUUAAACUGUACUUUCUCGUAAUAAAAUACAAAAAAUGAGUGGAAGGGAGAACAGCUUCAAAGCUUCUUUGACCAAAGAGUCUCUUAAAUCUUCUUUUAGUCUUCCGACUCCAAUUACACAUAGAACAACCUGUAUGUCUGCCGCAAUGAAAAGGUACAGAUACCUACGGAGGCUGCUGAAAUUUGACCAAAUGGAUUUUGAGUUUGCCAUUUGGCAGAUGACAUAUUUAUUUAUUAAUCCUCAGAAAGUUUAUAGAAAUUUCCAAUAUAGAAAACAAACAAAAUCUCAGUUUGCGAGAGACGACCCAGCCUUCUUUGUUCUCUUGCUGUUGUGGCUUUUUAUCGCGUCUGUCGGAUUUACAUUUGUAUUACAACUGAGUGUGGUAUCGUUUAUAAAAUUCAACCUGUACAUAGUGUUUGUAGAUUGUAUUCUGGUAGGACUCUGCAUUGCUACAUUUCUCUGGUUUCUCAGCAAUAAAUAUCUGUUGAAGCCAUCAAGUGUAGGGCAGGACGUUGAGUGGGGUUACGCCUUUGAUGUUCAUCUAAAUGCAUUUUUCCCACCUCUUGUCAUCCUCCAUGUGAUUCAACUUUUCUUUUACAAUGUUUUUAUUAGCAAAGAUUGGUUCAUAUCAAGACUAUUUGGAAAUUCUCUAUGGCUGAUAUCUUUUAUUUACUAUUUGUAUAUCACAUUCCUUGGCUAUAGCAGCUUACAGAUUUUGCAUAAGACUCAAGUAUUGCUUUCACCUGUAAUCCCUCUGCUAUUUGUGUAUGCAAUGACAGUCACACUUGGAUGGAAUGUCACCGAAUCAGUCAUGAAUUUUUACAUGUACAGAGUGGCAUGAAAAACUAAAUGAAUAAAUUAACUAUAAAAGCAAUUUAAUUGUAUAUAAUUCUAAUUCUUUCAUCAUCUUUUUAUAUA